AUGAAUGCAAUUUUCACAACAGCUGUAACUGCUAUUUGCAUUUAACCCACCUGACAACAUCUCAUUAAGUGCCCACUACAUUUUUGUUAAACUAGCCUCAUGGCAGGUGUCUGGCUGAGCAGCUUUAUGCAAAUUCUAAGCAAAAACAAAAGAUGUGUAGGGUAGUGAACAGCGGAGCACAUUAAUUCCUCUAUCAAUUAUUUACUUUAAUCUAACCCUGCAAGUAUAAAAUUAUGCGCCCCCUUGUCCUCUUGCCUAUAACCAUGGAGCAAGUCCUGGGCAUGGCACUACUUCUGGCUUCCACAGUGUCAUGUCAGACUGGUGAGCGUAUCAUUGGGGGAACUGAAUGUCUGGCCCACUCCCAGCCCUGGCAAGUGUUCCUCUAUACCUCCAAACUGUCUCGGUGCGGAGGAGCCUUGAUCGAUACCUUCUGGGUGCUUACAGCUGCACACUGUUGGCGAAGAGGCCUCACAGUCCAUAUUGGGGAGCAUGACCUGCGUAAGCAUGAUGAUGGGGAACAGUCCUCCAAAGUAGCCAAGCUCAUCCGCCACCCGGAGUACGAGCCUAACACCCUCAAGAACGAUAUCAUGCUUGUGCGCCUGGAUACCCCUGCUAUCCUUGGGGAGUACGUUAAGACAGUCCCAGUGGCUAAAGAAUGCAUACCUGUUGGAGCAAAGUGUGUGGUCUCAGGAUGGGGCACCACUACUUUCCCUGCAGUAAAUUAUGCCUAUCGCCUGCAGUGUUUAGAGAUCAGCAUCCUGUCAAAAAAUAUAUGCAACGCUACAUAUGGGAGCCUCUUUAAUGACAACCACAUUUGUGCCGGAGCAAUAGAAGGAGGGAAAGAUUCAUGCCGGGGCGAUUCUGGGAGUUCUUUGGUGUGCAAUGGGACCCUUCAUGGCGUCGUCUCAUGGGGACCUAAGAACUGCGGAGAAAAGAAUAAACCUGCUGCUUAUACAGAGAUCUGCAAAUUCUCCAAGUGGAUAGAAGAAACCAUGCAGAUAAACUGACACCAAAGCAGUAAUGGUUAGGUGGAUAUUCCCUAAUAAAUGUGUGAAAUCAAAACAUGA